GCUGAAAUUGUGUUCAUUUAAAAGAUUUCGGCCGUGUGUAAUUCAAUUUCGCUUAAAGUUAGAGAUCUCGAAGUCUCGAAGGAGCCAGUCUCUACGAAUAACGGGGUACGUUUCCAAAGAAACUGUGGUACUGCGUCUGUGAGAGAGUAUAACAGGGUAAUUUGGUAAUAUCAACUUAAUGAUGAAGUAAAUUUGCCACCAUAAAGAGUUUAAAAGCUGACGUUUCGAGCGUUAGCCCCUCGUCAGAGUCUUUACGGAGUCAGCCUCGCAGAGAGGACAACCGACGCGCAUGCAGAUAUAUUUAACUAAGCGAAGAGAUUCGCCGAGCAAUUUCGUCAUUGCAAAAGGAGCCGCUGGUUUUACACACCCACGGAUCAGACAAAGCCAGCUAACUUUAGUGAGGCGACUGAAGCUCACCAACAGUUACAAACAUCUGGCCACCUUGUUGGUGAAUCGAGCGGAGUAAUGUGGUGUGACGGUGUUCCAUUGCAAUUCGAAGCUAAGGAUGACUUUAAACAAUUCAUUUACUCGCCAUUGUGUUCGUAUUCCUCGGAUUACCAUCGAAACAAAGAAGUGAAGAACUAUUUAUUGAACGUCGCUGUUAACGGGACUGUGUCUGUCCUUAAAGGUCUCGCCGCUGCUUCGAUAAGAUAUCAGCGCAGAGAAGAGACAACCACUGAUAGAGAAAUGAUUUCUCUAUCUUCUUCAGUUUAUGCACGGAAAGGUUUCCUCGUCUGUGAAAAAGAAAGACCAGCUUAUUAUGACAAAGGUAUAUUAUUUGAGAUAGAAGGACUGGAAAUUGGCUUGGAAGAACUUUUAAUCGUGACAACGGAAGUUGAAAGGAAGCAAACAAGAACAGAGAACAAGUUGGAGAUUAAAGCCAGAGUACUGUUCUUUACAAUUUCCAAAAAGAUGGAAAGUAUCCAAAGAAGUUCGAGCCAAACUGGUUUUGUUGUGAUCCACCAUUACUCGUCCAAGACAGGAGAAUGGACACGUACCGAGUUUGACGGCGGCCGGUAUGAGGAGGCUUUGGCCGAAGUGCACAAGAUCGAAACACACAUGUCUGCUAUCCCAUAUGAGGUGAACAGGGCACCCAACAAUCAGCUCUCACGCAUACGUGUUAUAGCCGAACCAUCCGCUCAUGAAAACGAGAACAUUAGCUUUCUUGUUGAACUGCAGAAUGAAAUAAAAUUCUUUCAGUUAGAAAUAGCAGAAUCCGAAGCUCUCCAAACGAGUGAAAAAACUGAAAAGCUGAAGAACGCACUGGCAGAGUUGCAAAGCUUGAAAGUCAAGGGUUGCUCUUGGGAGACAGUUGAUAACAUUAAAAGGAAGAUUAAGUAACUUUCUUAGAGAAGUAACGCAAAAACCAUCACAUAGUUUUUUUUAAGGAUCAACUUAUAUGAUGAGGUGAAAGAAAAAUCGUAGACCAAACCACUAGCAUUUCAGAGUCAACUGAUACGUGAAUACCUCGAAUCGGACACUGUGAAUUAGGCUUUCCCCAAAAGAGCGUUAAUUACCUCAUGCCCUCUUGAUUGCACUAAUGAUUCCUUUCUAGAUUUCUUGAUUGGGGUGAAGCAAUUUUAAGCGAGGAUAUCUUGCUAGUAAGCAGGUUACUUAUAACAAAAAACUCAGUUUUACACUCGGUAUAUAGAGUUGUUUGCUUGCUGAUGUUUAUUUUUCAUUGAAUAUUACGUAUAAAUGUACAAAACUAGAUACAAUGCGUCACUGAAGGAAAUUUCUCAGUAAAUCUUCCUGGUUGUGUUUAAGACGAAAGGUUUGUUGUAAUUCAGAAGCAAUGUUAAUCAUCACAAUUUUCUGGAGACGAAGAAUGACUGACUUCUUGUUGCAAACGUUCACCAAUUAACGAGAGUCUCCUGCCUGACUUAAGCGUAGCUGCAUCAGCGUGUGGUUUGGGUCUGUUAUAAAAAAAAUACACAAAAGCAAGAGGUUAUAAAUUGUUAUAAUUUCUUGACAUGGGUGACGUUUGAACUUCAAGAGAACCAAAUUGAAAUGGCUUUUGAGUUUCAAAAAUAAUAAAGACUCA